AUGGCCUCCCCUAGCGUUCUCACCUUCGACGCCGAGGGUCGGGCAGUUGACUUUGAGGUCUGGGUAGAUGAUCUGCAGCUUUUCCUGCAGUGCGAUAGGGCAGACGGCCUCUCUCUGUUCGACCUCACUUCUGGUGCCUCUCCUGCCCCUGCUGCUGAUGCUGACGCCACUGUUCGCUCACAGUGGGCCACACGCGAUGCUGCUGCACGUCUUGCUGUGCGUCGCCACCUGCCUACCACUGAGCGCGCGCACUUUAGUCAGUACAAGAGUGCUCAGACCUUGGCAAGGGGGGCAAGGGCGCUGGAGGGGCUGGAGGAGGCAGUGGAGGUGGUAGUGGAGGUAGUGGAGAGAGUGGGGGUAGUGGUGGGAGUGGUGCCGGGGGUGGCGGCGGCGGCGGCAGCAGUGGAGGCGGCGAAGGCGGUGGAGGUGGCGAAGGGAGCGGAGGCGGCAGAGGAAGUGGAGGAGGCGGAGGUGGAGGAGGCGGCGGAGGCGGCGGCGGCGGCGGAGGCGGCGGAUGAUGGAGCGGGUCGCGACUCUGCGCAGAAGGAGUGGCGCCGGUGCGCAGUGGGGGUUUUGGUCCCUGCGCUUACGUCCUCCGUACUGGGGACCGCGCUGGCCGGGGUUGCUAUCUUAGAUCUUGGCUUUGAUGCUAUCCUUGCUGCUAUGUAUGCUGUUGAUACUAGUGUUGAGGGUGCCUGUUACCUGUGUGUACCGCCUGACCCGGGCAUUGAGGCCGCUGCUCUAGGUGCUGGUGAGGCUGCUGCUCUAGGUGCUAGUGCGUCUGCUGCCCCAGGUGCCAGUGCAUCUGCUGCCCCAGGUGCUGGUGUGUCUGCUCUCUCAAGUAAUGCGUCGGCUCAGGCCUUCCACACCUUCACCCUGGACUCGGGUGCGUCCCGCUCCUUCUUUCGAGACCGCACCACUCUUACGCCGCUCAGUCGGCCGGUUGCAGUCUCCCUGGCAGACCCCUCUGGGGGUCCUGUCCUUGCUAGCUUCUCCAUUGUCCUACCGUGCCCGGCAGCCCCCUCUGGCACCCUAUCUGGUCUCUACCUCCCCUCGUUCUCUACGAACUUGGUGAGCGGAGCGGACCUACAGGAUAGGGGGGUUGACCAGUUCACUCCUGCGUGUUAG